ACAAAAAAACAACACACGCCCCACAGUCGGAACUUAUCAGUGCAACAUCCGGCGGAAGUAAACAAUUUAAACGCACCAGUCGCGAGGGAAUUUAAGCAGGUUUGUCCAUGAGGAAAAGUUGGAGUGACUGUAAUUGUGACAAAGCAACAAUGUCUUCAGUUGAGUAUUUGAGAGGGUUUGUCAGCGAGAGACUAACUGCUGCUGCUGAAGAAAUAUUGGGAGUUUUUGAGAAAACUAUCGUCGAGUACGAGAAAGAGAUCGACCGUCAGCGCAGACUGUUGGAUAUAGCUUGGAAACCGGAAGUAAGGUUAUACAGGACAGAGCUCCCACAGCAAGAUGUGUGUAAGGAGGAGGAGGUUGUCGCUGAGCAGCAGCUCUGUAUUGAGGAGAGGAGCUCCAGUGUGGACCAAGAGGAGCCAGAGCCUCCACAGAUUAAAGAGGAAGAGGAGGAAGUGUGCAGCAGUCAGGAGGGAGAGCAGCUUGAAGUGAAGCAGGAGACUGAGACCUUUCUAGUGACUCCUAGUGAUGAGGAAAGUGAGCAGCAGCUCCUCUGUCACAGCUCUCAUGGAGCUGAGAGUGAAGAUGAGGAAGGAGACGAGCAAGGAGACUCAACAUCAAGUGGAGAAGCAGAGACAGAACAACAAAAUAGACGUCAGAAGCGCAGAAGUCACACUAAGCGUGUAGACAACCCCAACUUAUCAGAGAUUGAUCAUAAUACUCACACAGGUAAAAUACCUUUUAAAUGUGACACUUGUGGGAAAGCUUUCAAGUUUAAGUCUCGUUUUGAUAGACACCUGAGAAUCCACACAGGAGAGAAGCCGUAUUGUUGUAAUACAUGUGGGAAAACAUUCAAUCGAAUGUCAACUCUGAACGUUCAUAAAAGAGUCCACACAGGUGAGAAGCCGUAUUGUUGCAACACGUGUGGAAAAGAUUUCCGAAGUAAGAGUCACUUGAUUCGCCACAUGAGAAUCCACACAGGAGAGAAGCCGUUUGAAUGUGAGACAUGUGGGAAAGAUUUCACACAAAGAGCUCUCUUGAAAGAACACCUGACAUUCCACACAGGUGAGAAGCCAUAUUCUUGCAGCACAUGUGGGAAAGGAUUCUCUCGGACAACACAUUUGAAAAUUCACGCAAGAAUCCACACAGGUGAGAAGCCAUAUUCCUGCAAGACCUGUGGAAAACAUUUUCGACAUAAUAAUGCCUUGUUAGUCCACAUGAGAGUCCACACAGCUGAGAGACCGCAUUCUUGCAAAACCUGUGGAAAAGAUUUUCGACGGAGCAGUACCUUGUUAGUCCACAUUGGAAGAGCCCACACCGGUGAGAAGCCAUACCUUUGCAAGAUCUGCGGGAAAAGAUACUUUAAUGGGUCCCAUUUAACAAGGCACAUGAAAUCACAUACAGGCAAGUACAUUUCUCUGAGCUGUGAUAAGACUUUCAAACAGAUAAAAGGUUGUCCCAUGGGGGCCUGCUACAGCCCAUCAUAUGCAGGUUUGUCCGUGAGGAAAAGGUGGAGUGACUGUAAUUGUGACAAAGCAACAAUGUCUUCAGUUGAGUAUUUGAGAGGGUUUGUCAGCGAGAGACUAACUGCUGCUGCUGAAGAAAUAUUGGGAGUUUUUGAGAAAACUAUCGUCGAGUACGAGAAAGAGAUCGACCGUCAGCGCAGACUGUUGGAUAUAGCUUGGAAACCGGAAGUAAGGUUAUACAGGACAGAGCUCCCACAGCAAGAUGUGUGUAAGGAGGAGGAGGUUGUCGCUGAGCAGCAGCUCUGUAUUGAGGAGAGGAGCUCCAGUGUGGACCAAGAGGAGCCAGAGCCUCCACAGAUUAAAGAGGAAGAGGAGGAAGUGUGCAGCAGUCAGGAGGGAGAGCAGCUUGAAGUGAAGCAGGAGACUGAGACCUUUCUAGUGACUCCUACUGAUGAGGAAAGUGAGCAGCAGCUCCUCUGUCACAGCUCUCAUGGAGCUGAGAGUGAAGAUGAGGAAGGAGACGAGCAAGGAGACUCAACAUCAACUGAAGAACCAGAGCCAGAACAACAGAAUAGACGUCACAAGCGCAGAAGUCACACGAAGCGUGUAGACAACCCCAACUUAUCAGAGACUGAUCAUAAUACUCACACAGGUAAAACACCUUUUAAAUGUGACACUUGUGGGAAAGCUUUCAAGUUUAAGUCUCGUUAUAUUUCACACCUGAGGGUCCACACAGGAGAGAAGCCGUAUUGUUGUAACACCUGUGGGAAAAAAUUCAGCCAUAUGUCAACUCUGAACAUUCAUGCAAGAAUCCACACAGGUGAGAAGCCAUUUCCUUGCAACACAUGUGGUAAAAACUUCAGAUGCAGUUAUAAAUUGUCAGUCCACAUGAGAACCCACACAGGUGAGAAGCCAUAUUCUUGCAGCACCUGUGGGAAAGGAUUCUGUCGGACAACAGAUUUGAAAACUCACACAAGAAUCCACACAGGUGAGAAGCCGUAUUCUUGCAAGACAUGCGGAAAAAACUUCAGAUGCAGUAAUCAAUUGUUAUUCCACACGAGAACCCACACAGGUGAGAAGCCGUAUCCUUGCAAGACCUGUGGGAAAAGAUUCACUCUGACAGCAGAGUUGAAAGUUCACGCAAGAAUCCACACAGGUGAGAGGCCGUAUUCUUGCAAGACAUGUGGAAAGGAUUUCAGACGCAGUUAUGAUUUGUCAGUCCACAUGAGAGUCCACACAGGUGAGAGACCGUAUCCUUGCAAAACCUGUGGAAAACAUUUUGGACAGAGCCGUACCUUGUUAGUCCACAGAGGAAGAGCCCACACCGAUGAGAUGCCGUAACUUUGCAAGAUCUGCGGGAAAACUUUAAUGAGUGUCGUUUGAUAAACCACAUGAAAUCACAUACAGGCAAGUAGCCUUGUAUUUCAAAAAUCAUAUAGGAGACAAUUCAGUUCUGGUGGCUCAUGG